AUGGGUUCUUCAGACGAUGGUUACGACGACCCAUUUUUUGGAAUUUACGAGCCAUUUUUUGGGUUAAAUGAGAUGAAUUUUGAGCUGCACAAGGUUUACAUGGAUCAUGAACCACAACAGGAGUUUGUAUCAAGGCUUGAUAAAUGUAAGGAUCAUUUUCUUAACAUUUUACUUUGUGAUGCGAACAUUAGAAAUGCAAGUAUGACUGAUGAGGUGAAAGAUCGAGUGGACCAUGGUAAUGAUUUGCAAAAUGAUGAGGAUGCAGAGGAAGAAGUGACAAACAACUAUAUAAUACAUGAUCCAAAUGUUAGGUGA